AUGCUACAAGAACACCGAAAGUUUGUCGCAACUAUCACCUCAUUCCCGUAUGACCUUGGUGGGAAUACCUUUGUUCUCGGGGACGCUGAGACCAUCGUGCCCUUCACAAAUAUGCAUUCAAUGUGUCGUGCUAUCCUUCAUAACUUGAUAGAUAGUGAAGGCGAUGCUGGCAAUGGCAGAUCUGGAACCAAAGGUCCCUCUUGCCUUUAUAGAUUUUUGAUACGGGGCCAGUAUGGCUACGGGCUAGUCUAUUUCCAAUAUUGGACUAGCCUCCAGCUUAUGAACUGCAUUAUUGACCACGGCGCCUAG